AUGGUGGAGCAGGCGUACCAACACACUAACAUGAGGCGAGGCACGGCGCAAUCUCCCAUGCAGAUGUUCACGCUUCUAAGGCAACCGGCGGCAGAGACCCUGGAGAUAUCAAAAGCAGCCGAAGUCUUUGAAAUGACUUUACAGCUCAUAAAGGCCAAGGCAAGCCGGAGACAUAAAAGAGCCAUAGCUUUGACAGAGUACCUCUCCGUAGAGGAAGUGGAGCUGAUUGCGAACUGGUCCGGGUGCCCCGCCCCCCUGCAGCCAGCCCGCUGUCCCCAUGGAGAUCAGUCGAGCAAAUACCGCUCCAUCGAUGGAGUCUGCAACAACAGAAAUAACCCUCCCUGGGGAGCCGCCAACACGCUAUUGGCCAGAUGGCUCCCGGCAGAGUACGAAGACGGGAAGAGCCAGCCCAAAGGCUGGAACGCCGGCCGCCACUACGCCGGUUUCCAACUCCCUCCGGUACGUGCAGCGAGCAGCAGAAUUAUGCAGGGCUCUCCCCGCGCUCCCCGCGCGCCUGUCCUGGAGGACGAGGAAUACUCUCAGCUGCUGGUGGACUGGGGCCAGUACAUGGACCACGACGUCUCCUUCACUCCGCAGAGCAGCGGCCGCUCAGCCGCCCCCUCAGGACCGGACUGCCUGAGCACGUGCGGGAACGCUAACCCAUGCUUCCCCAUCGAGAUCCCCCCCGACGACCAGCUGUUCGGUAGGAAGAGCUGUCUCCCGUUCUUCCGCUCCUCGCCGGCGUGCCCGAGCGUGGCGGCGGCGGCGGUGACGAUGACGGUGACGAGCGACCCUCUCCGCCCCCCGCAGCAGAUGCUCCAGCGUCAGCAGAGCAACGCCGUCACGUCCUUCCUGGACGCCUCCACCGUGUACGGACACAGCGUGGCUCUGGAGGCCCUGCUGCGCGACCGCAACAGCUCCGCCGGCACCAUGGCUGUCAAUCAACGCUUCGCCGACACCAAUGGGCGGCCCUUGCUGCCGUCUGUGGCCGCCGACUCCCCGUGCUUCCAGGAGCGCGGCGGCGGCAGCUGCGAGGGUGGUGUUUGCGGCGACUCGGACGUGGCGGGGAGGGAGCGGGUGGAGUGCUUCCUGGCCGGGGACAGCAGGGUGAACGAGGUGCUGCCCCUCAUAGCCCUCCACACGCUGUGGCUCAGGGAGCACAACCGCGUGGCCGCCGCUCUGAGAGCUCUCAACCCCCACUGGAGCGCACACACCACCUACCAGGAGAGCCGCAAGAUCAUCGGAGCGCUGCACCAGAUCAUCACCAUGAGGGACUACGUGCCAAAAAUUAUUGGACAGGCGGCUUUUGAUCAACACGUCGGCCCAUACGGCGGCUACGACGACUCGGUGAAUCCGUCGGCCUCCAAUGUGUUUGCCACGGCUGCGUUCCGCUUCGGUCACGCCACCAUUCCGACAACGUUGAGGAGACUCAACGAGAGCUUCCAGGAGCACCCACUGUACCCUUCCCUACCGCUACACCGAACCUUCUUCAGCCCCUGGAGGAUCGUUAGGCAGGGAGGGCUGGACCCUGUGAUCCGUGGCCUAUUGGUCCAGCCCGCGGCCAGGGUGACCCGGGACCACUUAAUGAGCCAGGAGCUGACAGAGAGGCUGGUGGUUCUGGCCGUUCCCGAGACUCUGGACCUGGCUGCCCUGAACCUCCAGCGGGGACGAGAUCACGCUCUACCAGGGUACAACGAGUGGAGGAGCUUCUGUGGCUUUGACAGAGCGCCCACUCCGGCGGACCUUGGUAGGGUUAUAAAUGACGGGCGGCUGGUUGAGGAGAUUAUGGAGCUGUACGGGCACCCUGACAACAUUGAUGUGUGGCUGGGCGGCCUGCUGGAGGAGCCUCUGCCUGGUGCCCGGACCGGCCCUCUGUUUGCCUGUCUGAUCGGGAAACAGAUGAAAGCACUCCGCCAGGGAGACAGGUUCUGGUGGGAGCGGCCGGGCGUGUUCACACAGGAGCAGAGGAGGGAGCUGAUGAAGCACUCUCUGUCGCGUGUCAUCUGUGACAACAGUGGGAUGGAGGUCGUGCCCCCGGAUGCCUUCCGAUUGGCUGCCUACCCACGGGACUUUCUCCCCUGCAACAGUGUCCCCGCCAUGAACCUGGACGCUUGGAGGGAGAGUUAAGGCCAAGACACGAAUGGCUUUGACAGCCCUGAAAGGCCAGUAUGACACAGUUCCCCUGAACGUCCGAAGGUGUCAACAUCAAGAGCGGCAGUAGUUCCAAGGGCUCGCGUCGGGCUUACUCAUCUACAACGGAC